GACAGACAAUUAAAAAAUAGGCAUCUUGGGGGAAUCUCGCCCGUGAGCACUGCCACGUGGCAAAACGAAAAUCAGUGGCGGGAGAGAGCGCUAUGGCGAAUGCGAUGGCUAUGGCCGCCCAGAUUCCAUCGCCUUCGUCUCCUUUCCUCCGUAGCGGUGGCGCUGACGCUAGGGUUUCGUCUUUCUCCUCCGCGGGUGCCGCAUCGCUGUCAUUUCGAUCGAGAUCUUCUUUCACGCGGAGAUCGAUUCGUGUCAGAGUUAGCGGCGCCGCCGCCGAUCGACCGGCGGAGGAUGCCAGCGGCGCAGGGCAAUCCGUGAAUGAGGUACACAUGAUCGUCAUCGUUGGCGCAGGGGUUGCUGGAUUGGCAGCGGCUUUGGCCUUCCAAAGGCUUGGGCUGCAAACUCUUGUUCUCGAGAAAGCUAGCGAUUUAAGAGCUGGUGGAACAGCUUUAACGAUUUGGAGGAACGCUUGGCGAGCUCUUGACGUACUCGGAGUUGGCGAAGAAUUGCGUAACCAAUACUAUCUCCUUGCUGGUUCCCACGUCGUGUCUCUUCAAGGCAAAGUGAUCCACCAUCUAAGCUUUGGGAAUUGCUCGAGGGGCGGGCUGAACGAGGUCCGAGCGAUCGAAAGGGGUGCGCUGCUAGAAGCACUGGCAAAGCCGUUGCCUGCCGGAACCAUUCGAUUUAAGUCCAAAGUUGUCAAUGUACGUAAAGGCACCAAGAAAACUUACAACGAAGUCGAGCUCGAGGAUGGAACUAUUAUUGCCAGUAAGGUUCUUGUAGGAUGUGACGGCGUCAGGUCGGAAGUUGCAAAGUCCUUGGGUGUCAAGGAACCACGUUUUGUAGGACAGUGUGCAAUACGCGGCGUUGCCGACUAUCCAGCGGGACACGAUUACGGUCCAAUGCUGCUACAGUUUCUGGGACGAGGAACUCGAGCAGGCGUCGUUCCAAUCUCUUCGACCAAAGUUUACUGGUUCGUGUGUUUCAAGUCUUCAUCAGCAGUUGUGCGAAAGGUGGAGCCAGAUGUGUUGAAACAAGAAGCUCUCGAGCACCUCAAGAGCUGGUGCAAGAAAAACCUCGAGGAGUUCUCCAGCCUCAUCGAAAACUCUCCCAAUCACACGGUCACUCGGAGCGCCCUCCGGCACCGAUGGUCGCUCCCGCUCGUAAGUCCCUCGCUGGCUGCUGACGGAGUAACUCUGGCAGGAGACGCGCUCCAUCCUAUCACUCCAAACCUGGGCCAAGGCGGCUGCCUCGCCUUGGAAGACGGUGUCAUCCUCGCUCGAGAGCUCUACAACGCAGUGUUUGCGAGGAAAAGCAUGAACGCCGAGGACAUGGACACCAACAUCAAGUGUGCUCUGGAUGCUUACGCCAAGCAGCGAUGGUAUCGCUUCUUCCCACUCACAGUUAAGUCGUUCUUCAUUGGAUUUCUUUCGAUGCUCGAGCUCUGGCCUGUGAUCUACGCUCGCGACUCAUUUGGUGUCAAGGUUGCUCUACAGCCAGACAGGUUUCUAAAGCACACUCUAUAUGACUGUGGAGAGCUACCGAUCCCAAGCUAAAAUCAAUAAACUAUCGUCGCAAAUGCUUAGUGACAAUAGCUCGUGAA